AUGCCUCAGACACCACAAAUGCAUCCGCUACCUCUGAAGGCAUCUGGCGAUCGAACGAGCAGUGCCAAGAGGCAGAUCUCUGGCAGCUCACCUAUUGGUACACCUACGCAGAACAAGAAGCCGAGAACCAGUCUUCAGCAGACGACUCCAGUGAAGACCUCGGGCGCCGAGCCCGCGACAAUGGAGCGCAAGGACGGCCUCCAGAACACCGCAGCCUGUCCAGCUACAUCGAUCGAGGAACCCACCAUUGAUACAUUUGUCUCCAAAACACUAGCCGCCUGGAAAGUCUGCAAAGGGAAUCCAGGCUCUCACCUCCAGAAAGAACUCAAUCGCGAAGUGCAGGCAUCCAAGCAACAUCUCGAUGCGGCCCAUACAUUUCUGAAGAAGAUGGAAAGACUCUCUGACGACCUCGAAGCCGCAAUUGCAAAUGCAGGAGGAUUGAACGAAGGCAAGCAUAAGCUCGUCAAGGACGGAUGGUACAUGACCUCGAAGCAGCAUGCCCAGCUGGCGUAUGAAGAAAACAACCGCUGCUCAAAGGCACAUGAGAAAGCCAUGAAGGACAGAGCAGAUGCCUUGACGCUGGAGAAUGGACUGAAGAAAAAGGUCGAAGACGUCAAGGAGGAGAGAAAGCAAUUGGAAAAGUUUGGCGAGUUCAUGUCUGUGUAUCCAUCAAGUACUGGCGCCUGA